AUGCCGAUCACGGCUCUUCCCCCGACCACAAUUCGGGCCAUUGGGUCUACCUCGGCCAUCACAGACCCAUAUUCGGUGGUGAAGGAGCUGGUUGACAACGCGCUGGACGCAGCGAGCUCCUCGCUAGUGGUCGAGAUAUCACAGAAUACUCUUGAUGUCAUCCAAGUCAAGGACAAUGGAUACGGAAUUCCUUCUGAGGACCAUAAAUUCGUGUGCAAGCAUGCUUUCACCAGCAAGAUCCGAACGACCGAUGAUCUCAGAACGAUCGGCGGUACAUCGCUUGGCUUUCGCGGUGAAGCCUUAGCCAGUGUCGCGAAUAUGUCAGGGGGUAUCACCAUCACGACACGGAUCGAAUCAGAGGCUGCUGGGUCGUGUCUCAAGUAUGGCAGAGAUGGUGAGCUUAUGGAGGCACAGCGAACAUCGCAUCCGGUGGGCACAACUGUGCGUAUUACGGAAUUUCUCAAGCACAUCCCAGUCCGCAGGCAGACUGUCCUGAAAAGUGCUGCGAAAAAUAUCACCAGGAUCAAAAAGCUCCUCCAGGCUUAUGCAAUGGCUCGACCUUCCAAGCGUCUCUCGCUUAAAGUUCUCAAGGCCAAGAAUGAAAACAACAAUUGGGUGUACGCACCACACUCCACCGAGAGUUUUGCAGACACUGCCAUGAAAAUUGUUGGAACAGAGGCAUCCUCCUGUUGUGAAAUUCGAAAGUUUUCUUCUGAACCAAGUGAACAAGGACAGGGAAGAUGUUAUCAACUCGUUUCUUUUCUCCCAAAAGCGGACACGGACUUUUCCAGAGUGAACAACACAGGGCAAUUCCUUAACGUGGAUGGCCGGCCUUUAUCUACGAGCAGAGGAAUCGGACAGGAUAUUGUCAAGCUAUACAAGACAUAUCUCCGCUCAGCAAGCUCCAAAGUGGCAACGGCCGUUUCGAUUUCCGAUCCAUUUCUCUGUUUGCAGAUUCAGUGUUCCCAGGCAAGCUACGACGUCAAUAUCGAACCGUCGAAGGAUGACAUACUAUUUGAGGAUCGAGAUCUUGUUCUCUCUUUGGUUGAAAGCCUUUUGCAUGAGCAAUAUGGCGAUCUAGGAAACUCCAACGAGAAGAAGCCAACAAAAGCUAAGAAAACAGCCUCGAAUGCGACUUCUAACGGACCUGGAUUUGAGCUUCUUAUGGCCAGAAAACGCCCCGCCACAGUGAUCAAUAAACCUCAGGGCUCGGCGGAGGCAGCUGUCGACACUGCUGUUACUACUUCUCUCAUGCAACCACUUAAUUCGACCGAGACUACUUCACCUGUUAAUUCUCCUCACAGCCCUUUUCAAAGCCCUCUCCGUUCCUCCAACGCAGCGAACAGAAAUUCGGAAUUCAUCAAUCCAUGGUCUAUCACUAAGAUGAAUGUCCCGCCGUAUACUUCUGAGAGGCAACGUAUCCUAGCCCGGGGUGCAAUCCAUCCUCGAUCAGGGUUGGACGGUAAUCCGCACGGAUUCAGGCAGACAAAUGAGCAUAGUCAUGUCUAUCAGACGCCUUCGAACAGUCGUGAAUUGUUAAGCCCCCCUCAAUCGAGAGUUACAUCAGUGUCUCCUCUCAGCCAUCGCCAACGUCAUCAUGGUCCACAACAGUCUGCGGUCACAGAAACUUCGGUUUCAAAUGGAUCUCGAAACGCUACGCGAGUACGGAACAGAGAAAGGUACGGAAAUGGGGCUCUCGACACCUGGUUUCAAAAUACGACACAAAUGUCGCUCCAGCAAAGCCCUUCGAGUGGUAGCCUUGAGCAAGAGACGGAGCCCACUCCUCUUUCGCAACUUGCUAAUGGGCGAUUUGCCUUCCCAACUGAGACAUCAAUACAGGACUCAUCAUUUGACGACCGACGUCCCUCAUCUUUGCACGAAACGCCCAACGAGACGUCUCAUCAUUCUGCGACGGGUGAUAAUACUUUGCCUCCAAUCUCCAAUGACCAUCUUCCAGAAUCCAUGAACAGUGGUCGAGGUUUUCCAGUACUCGAAAAAUGGGCGGCCAGUCUUCAUCAGGGCAUGAACAAUGAAAGUUAUCCUGGAUUGGAACAAGCUCUAGAUUUCGAGAGGCGCAAGAAGGAGGCGAUGCAGAACCGUCGCACACAAUCGAAUGAACGCGUCAGAACGUCAAGCUCACAACCUGGUCCUUCGUCUUCGAAGUCUCCCCAUCGCAACCGAUACCUGGCUGCAAGAGCUGCCCUGACUUCUGACAUCAACUCCGUCGCCCUUCCAGUCUUCUCUUUCAACCAACCCAACCCAACACCAUCGCUUUCACUCCAUGACCCGAGGGCAUAUCUGAUGCGUCAUUCUAGUGGCCACAGGGAGAGCGACCCUCAGAAAGAAGGCCCCAAGUCCCGGCGCCUACAUACAAGCAAAUUGCCCUUUGAGAGAAUCACAGAAGGAUGCGAUCUACAUAACCUCUGUUUACCUCUUCCUUCAGAUCUGUCGGUCAUAUUCGAGUCUUUCAGCCUUACGAAAUGUCACGAUAUAUACACUCAGCGUGGAGAAAACAGUGAGGCAUUUCUGCCAUCCACGGAAUCUCCUGUCUCUCUCUGGAGUCAACGACUAGCCAUCUUGAUCAACAGACAAUACCGGACUCGCGAUGAUUCGCAGUCCCCUGAAUGGCGGGCGGAUCUUUCAUCAGUCGUUGAAAAACACCUGAAGAGCUAUGAUGCUGUUUGA